GAAUUUUUCAUACAAACAUUACAGCGUUAGGAUAUCGGAUCGUCUUUCUUCAUCAAAAUUUGAAUUUAGUGUUGAUCCGAUCAGCUGAUUGUGAAAUAACUUGUGUAACGUGGUUUAAUAUUUUAUAAAAUUCAAAGAGGGAUUUACUCUUAAUUAAUUAGAUAAUAUGUGGAUAGUCAAAUACAGAUUAUAAAUUGUACAAGUAUAUUUGUAUACGGUGUGGUUUUAAAGAUUAAUGUAUAUUCCAUCAAUUCCGAUGCCCGAAUCCGGAGAGCUGGAAGUCUUACCCCCACCGUCCGUGACUUCUGAAUUAGUUUCGGGGAGAAGAAGAGUAGCAUUACAGUUAGAUUUUGAUUUUACUUGUGGUAAGACAGACGAUUUCCACCACUUACCGAAAAGGUGUAGAUUGGAAUCAAUGAAUUAUUCUAUCAGUGGCAGUGCCUUAAAACAGCAAAAUACAAACACAGAGGCAUUGAAAGCAAGGACUAUUCAACCUCAAGAACUGGACACCAAACUGAGGAAAUCAAAAUCAAUGUUAUUAGUGGACUGUAGACCUUUUGUGUCCUAUAACAUAGCACAUAUUAAUGGUGCUGUCAAUGUGAACUGCUCGGACAGAUUUAAUAGAAAAAGACUUCAGCAAGGAAAAGCAAGUCUUGUUGAUUUAGUGACUUCAAGAGAUGGAAAGGACUUGUUUAAACGACGAGGUUCAAAAGAUAUAAUUCUUUAUGAUGACCACACCAAAGACAUUCACCAACUCUCACCAGAAACAUCAAUGCAUAUAGUUCUAGCAUCUUUGCUGAGAGAGGGAAGAGAAGCUUAUAUUCUCAAAGGUGGCAUCGAAGAAUUCCGAACUCAAUGUAGUGAUGACCACAUAAAUACUCAGGAAUCCCGUCCCCUGUACAGCCCAACAACACCCAUCAUCGAACCCCAAAUAGAAACCGCAACUGCCUCGCAAAUUUUACCAUUCCUCUACCUCGGAAACGAAAGAGAUGCAUCAAAUCUCCAACGUUUACGAGAGUUGAACAUUAGUCAUAUUCUUAACAUAACAUCAAACAUCCCAAAAUAUUUUGAAAACCAGGGAAUCAAAUACAAAAGACUGCCAGCCUCUGAUAGUGGAUGUCAAAAUCUCAGACAAUACUUUGAUGAAGCCAUUCAGUUUAUUGAUGAAGCACGAGCAGAUGGCGGGAAAAUACUAGUUCACUGUCAAGCGGGAGUCUCUCGUUCAGCAACUGCAACAAUUGCUUAUAUCCUAAAACAUUCAAAAAUGAACGUCAUGGAGGCCUAUCGCCAUGUUAAAUGCAAACGUGUAAUUAUUGCACCGAACUUCAAUUUUAUGGGACAGCUUAUGGAAUUCGAACAGUGUUUAAACCAGGGACAAGUUCAAAGGAUUCUCCAACCAAAUAUUCCGGAGAUAGAAUGUGAUGUGUAGUCCGACGUUUACUUAACUUCUGGUUUUUGGUGUCGUUCGAAAGAAAUAUUUAAAACUCAGGGUAUUUCGAACGUACCAGUUACUAGAAUUUAUUUGUGCAAUAUUUCGACUUUUAGUACUGAUGUUGACAGUAACUUCUAGUUGAAUUAAUAGUACUCUUUUUUGAGAAUUCACGUGUGUACAUGAUCAGAAUAGCAUAUUUUCUUAAUUCUAAACAUUCCAACGAAUGUCCAUGUAUCAUGGGCAUGAUCAUCAAAUAAAAUCAGGAGAAAAAGACUAUACAGGUUUUAAAUUCGAUCAUUCAUGUUAUUGUCACCAGAUUUAUACGUAUUUAAUUUAUUUUUAUAAGACUCGUAACAAAAUAAAUAAUUCAAUGGUUCAAAUGCCAAACCCACGACCACUGAAGACGAAAUAGAACUAAUACUGCCUUUAUAUUCUCUUUCAUUCACUAGAUGGCCUACUACACUUCUGUGUUCAACCGGAAGUUUAACUUGUUCAUAGAGUAGAGACUUUCUAGUUAUACAUGGUUGUAAAACUUUUAUAAGUAUAUAUGUGUUUUAUGUGAGUGCAGAUGAAGAAAUGUUGUGGCACAUACUAAUGUGCACUAGUGUCUUGAUAUGUGACAGACUUGGAACUGAUGAAUAUUUGUAUUUGUUAGAUUUAUUUAUUAGAUAAGAUGUGACUCUUUCACUGUGGUAAUUGUGGUUUUAUGAUGUCUUGGAGUUUAAACUGUUAAGAACAUAAUGUUUGGUAUAUUGAAUAAAGAAUUAAAAAUA